AGGACGACGGAGAUACGAAAGCGCUUGAUCGUUUGCUGUGAUGGGACUUGGUUUGCUUCAGACAAAGGCGCUAAGAACCUGCCAUCAAAUGUCGCAAGAAUUGGACGCUUAGUUGCGAAUGAGGGCGAGGCUAUUGUUAUCGAAAAUGGCAAGGGCGUGCUCAAGAAGGUUCCCCAGAUCGUCUACUACCAGAGCGGAGUCGGUACAGGUAACCUGACUUUUGUAGACAAGCGGGUUCAAGGAGCUAUCGGGCAAGGGCUGGACGAGAACGUCUUCACAGCAUACAACUUUCUCUGCAACAAUUACGCGAACGGAGACGAGAUCUUCCUCUUCGGCUUCUCUAGAGGCGCUUACACCGCUCGCGCAUUAUCUGGUCUUAUCGUUUCCGCUGGUAUCCUUCCACCAGGCUCAAUGUCAAAGUUCUACAGUAUGUACGAUGCAUAUAAGAAGAAAGACAAGGGCAAAGCUUUCCAAGAGUCCGAUUGGUGGCGUGAUAACGCAAAGAACCUGCGCAUCACUCACAAGCAUGUCAGUAUCAGGUUUGUCGGGGUAUGGGACACGGUUGGUGCUCUGGGUCUUCCGGAUAACUUCGUCUCCAAAUUCUACGACUUCAAUAAAGGUCUCAAGUUUCACGACACGGAAUUGAGUGACAAGAUACGGAAAGCCGCGCAUGCUUUAGCGCUAGACGAGUAUCGGGGCACUUUUAAUCCAACGAUGUGGUACCAUAGAAAGCCCGUCGACAACGGUCGCACGAAGUUGAUCCAAUGCUGGUUCCCAGGCUACCAUGCACAUAUUGGUGGUGGAACAACGGAUAACUUCGACGAUGAGUCAUCGAUUGAUGAUAUCACCCUAGCGUGGAUGAUUGACCAAGUCGGAGACGAUCUCACGUUCAGUCAGGAGGAAAUGGACGUAUUCGUCGCGCAACAAACCGAUUCCGAAAACCACCGAUGGGGAGAAGGCAUGUUGACUGACAGUGCGUCUUAUGCUUACCUGGCGCCGGGCGCAGGUGGGUGGGUUCCAAGAACUCCAGGCGAGUAUAAGCUGGAGAUUCCAGAGUGCGAAAGAAGCGAUUACCACAUGCCGACAAAGUACUACGAGACAAACGAGUUCAUACAUCCCUCUGUGCGCUACAGGAUGGGCAAGAUGAAGGUGCAGCCCAAGAAACUAGGCAAGACCAAAGGAUGGCUGAGUGGCGAGACUUCAAUCACGAAGUAUGCCCCAGCAGCUUUGAGCGGGUUCCAAUUGGAAAACUCACAUUGGCCUGCGUGCUGGACUAAGGCAUCACGUAUAAAGGGCGAUCCGGAUAUAGAGAUCCCCGAAUAUCAGCUCCCGGCCAAGUGGGGUGAUUUCGACGGAGGAUUAGAACGUCGACUGUUGCCUUCGGAAGUGAUGAGCGAGCUCGAUGAAGGGAAC